AUGGAAGAAAAAAAAAUCAAAAAGUUCAGUUCGGCGGAGUUAGUGAAGGGAGUGGUAGGGUUUAAGUAUGAUCUGUAUCAGUUUUGGGAAUGCAUGGAUAUCCUGCUCCAUGCAUGGUGGUCUCAAGUGGGUGCUUUUGGUGUGGCCUGCAGAUUGCAGAGUUGCAUAUCGCUGCAGAUGGUCAAGAUGCAUGACUUGUCGCGAGAUGCAAUUACUAUUUACGACCCAUUUUACGACAAAUUUGGGGCUGGAUGUGUCGACCGUUUCAUAUAG